AUGUCUUUAUCUAUUGUUUUUCCUGUUCUUGAUAAAACAUUUAAUCAAUUUGUUGAAGAAUUGUUGGGUGAUGAUUUUGAUACUUUUUUGAAAUUAAAAAAUGAUAAUCGUAAAAAAGGAAAAGUUUUUGAAUAUUUUAUUUAUGAAUUUUUAAUAAAAAAUGGAAUUACUGCAGAGAUAAAUAUGACAUAUAUUUCAUUUUCUAAAGAUAUUUAUCGUACUUUAUCUGAUGGAAAUACUGAUGUUCAUGGUCAAUGUGGAAUUUUAAAUUAUUUUUGUCAAUGUAAAUACAAGAAUGAAAGAUAUAAAAUUCAAGCAAAUGAGAUGCGAGAAUUUCUAAAUUCUGUAUUGAGAAAAACUCAAUAUCAGAUCGGUUUUUUGGUAUCUAAUGUUGAGUUGGGUGAUAAUGCUUUAAAUGAAUUAAAUAUUUCUCCUGUUAAAGAUAGGGUUUGUGUUUGUUAUGAUUAUGAGAUUGUUGAAAAAAAAUAUGAAAAACAUGUGGAAAAACUUGAGAAAUAUAAUGAAAAAUUAGAAAAGGAGGUUAAAGAAAUUAAAGAAGAAGUUAAUGUUAUUAAGAAACAAAAUGAUUUAAUUUUAGAAAUUUUAAAAAAAAAAUAG